AUGGCCGCCUUCACGCUCAUCUUCACCCCUACCACCGCCGUCUACGGACGCUCCGGCUACAACAAGGACGGUGACGACGAGGAGAAGGACAGUGGCCGUUCCGGCUACAACAAAGACGGCAACGACGACGAUGAGACCCAGAACAAGGGACGCUCCGGCUACAACAAGGAUGGUGACGACGAGGAGGACAAAUAA